AUGGUGGAAGACGAUAUCGGAGCGAGUGGCUCUGAAAUAGAAAACUCCAGUUCAGAAGAUGGAGACGAAGAAGAUUUAGUGGAUAAUUGCUGGGGCGAUGAAACAGAUGAUCAAGGUCAUUAUAGUGAAGAUAAUUUGUCAAAUGAAGACGAUGAUGAAUAUGUUUUAUCGAGAGAUUUAUCUCAAACACAAAGAGCGACAUUUUCUGAUAUCCGCCCUAGUGAAAGUACUCAUACGAUGAGUACGACUUUACUCAUAAUUCGUCCAUGA